AAAAGAAAAAUGUCUUUGAAGUUGUUCGAGAUGCCUAAAGAUGGCAACGAGGAAAGUUAAACACAUGCUAAAUAUGGCGCACAGGGUGUUGUAAACAAAGAAUGUUCAUUGUUUUUUACAGUUCGCACAGAGCUGAAGCAGUAAAGUGACUAUGGAGGAAGAACAAUAUCUACUACAACACCCUAGGGACAGGAAUCAUAGCCACGAACAGGAGCAAAGUGUAUCCGAGGAGGAAUGGUCUGAGGUGUCGUCGGAUUGCAGUUCUUACUAUUCAGACACUGACAGUUCGGUUCCUGAAUGGGAGUCAUCAAUUGAUGAAAGUGGUCAAUUGCUUUUUAUUGAUUGCCAUCCUUCGGUAACUCAAACACACGUUGAUACGGAAAGCAGCAGCAACGUAAAGCCUCCUCUGGUUAAAAACCAAACACGUAAAAGUACCAGAAGCAAAUUCCUUCGAUUGAUUAGGAGACGGGAGAGCAAAAGACGUAGUAAACGUGUUAUGAAACAUGAAUCCUCUCAGGAAAACAAAGUGACGUUCCAUGAUUCCGGUGACGGCGAAAUAAAGGUGGUCACCGUUAGAGUCAAUGAAGAAGGAGUUAAAUUUAAAUUGGGCAGGAGGGUGAAAUUGGUGGAGACAAUGCUUGGAAUUAUCGUUGGUACAUUCACUGAUGGAAACCGCGUUAUGGUAUCAGGCUUUACUCCUGAUAGCGAACAUGAUAAAAGCAUUAAAAUAGGAGAUUGGUUAAAAUCCGUGAAUAAUAUUGAUGUUAAUGUGCAUAAUUUGAAUACAAUUUUAAACCAAUUGAGUGGUCACGAGGCUGUUGAUUUGACGUUGCAAAGAGUUACUGGGGUUGAAGUAACUAAGCAACCCCCAAGCAACGAGCUGAGCAACCAAAGUAAUUUUGUUAAAUCGUUGACUGGAAGUACUAAUGAGGAAUUAUUAAAUUUACUGUUGGACCAACCCGUGGGCAUUUUAUAUUUAGACACAGAAAUCCUUAGCGAAAACGGGCCAGAAUUUCAAGGUGUUCUUUACUGUUACCCUACGCCUUUAGCGAAGAACACUCUCUGCUUAUGUCGAGGUGUCUUCAUAACGAUCUCCCAUUUGAUCGAUGAAAUCACUAAAACGAAACCUCUAGUAACUACUGUUCAAAUCGAUAAACGAUUGGCUCAUGUAGUUUAUAAUAUCAUAGACUCGAAAAUACUGUUUCUGAUGCUACCCGACAAUCGACUAACAGCGAAAGAAAUCGUUUUAGUUAAUGACGAAAUUGUCAGAAUGCUUGUAUUUAUUUACGAAUCAAUAGACAAAUGUUUUACGGAGCAGAAUACUUCAGAGUUGGAUCACUUUUUUUCGCGAUUUUUCGCCAGAAUCCUGUCAAGCGGACUUUGGUCGAAAGCGGAACAAAGCAUUGUCUUAAGCAAUUUUAAGAACAAGGCGAAUACUCAAGCACCUUACCAGUUCGAGGAACUUUUACCUAUGGCUCAUCAUAUAAUUUUACCGAAUGAGGCGCAAAUGCAAAUUGAUGAUGCAUUAACGGAAUUGGAGGCUUCGGAUUAUAGGGAAUGGAAUGAAGAUCCUUUAGAUUGUCAAAGGCUUUUCACUAUACUCGGCAGCGCUCUCUACCAUUCUGGAUAUCUUUUGGCAUCACAUUUAAUCCACGGCGAUUUAGUAGAUGUUAAUUGCUAUUGCCGUCAACAAGGUCUCUUUCAUUUAUCUCGAACUGAACCACUGCGUUCAAUGAUACAUUGGCGAGAAUGUUUCCCUUAUUCCUGUAACAGAAUUGAAGAUGUUAUCGUCCCUUCGGACUCACGAAGAUAUUUGUUAAUAGUUGGAGCUGGAAAAGACCUUUUAGUUGUAGUUAUGGAAGCCGGCGGUUGCACAGAGCCCGCUGAGGAUAAUCUACCUCCUGAUGCAUUUUACGUGGAAGAAGCUCAGGCGACUUUGGCACAUCUGAAGGAACUGGGUAUUUCGGAACUUGCUGAAAGAUGGACAUGCAGCAAUCCUGGAACGCAAGUGACGGUCCCGCAAGCUCCAACCAAUGUUAAAAAGAAAACAGAUUUCUUUUUUAACAAAUCAAAUUCACCUAUAAGUACACCCGUCAACAUGCAAAAUAAGAAACAAGAAGUGACUUCCAUUCUAAAACGUCGCAGUUCUGAUCAAGGACCCUUAACUCAAAGUGGAUCAUUAUUUUCGAUCCCUGAUGAUUCUGAACUGGUAUCAGAAGAUUCUAUAAGUCAAGGUGGGUACAGUGAACGAAGUGAAGUAAGUGAUGAACCUGUAUUAGGAAGACGAGCUCUAAGAGAAAAAAAUCGGAAUAAUUUCGAUGGAUCAGAUGAUGACGACUCCGAUAUUGAUGAUUACAGAGAUGGAAGCCAAAUAAGUAUGAGUAGCUAUGAUUUAUCUGAAUUGAGACAGUCUUUGUUGAAUGAUACUGGAGACAUACAGCCAAUGCAGUUAACUGCAGGAAAAGAACUGGUUUUAUACCAUUACGUUCAUUUAGAUUCUACUGAAGGAAUUUUUCUAAGUCCUCCCGAGUGUACAGUUAAUUCGAAUACACUGGAUAGCGUUUUGAGUAACUUUCGUGAAAGUUGUCAACACAUACACAAACUAUUUGAAAAUACUCUGAGAUUUAAGAAUCUUACACCGCAAGAUAUGGCAAACUCAGUAAUGAAUAAAAGUUUAAUUGCCAUUAAAGAAUAUGGCGUACUUUUUGAGACAGAUUAUUUAGAUGACAAUGCUCGGAAGACCUGCAAACACACUUUCUGGGUUAUUGGGAGAUUAUUUCAUAUGCCACAUCCAAGAGAAAUUUACGUUUGCUAUAAAGACUCAGUUCCACAAAAUUUAGUUGAAAUCGCUUUCAAACUGGGAAUUUCCAUGAUUGUUCAAUAAAUAAUUUUGCUUGCAAUGCAAAAUUCCGUCCACUUAAUCUAAUAUAAUUAUUAUUAUUUAUAGACAAUAUA